AUGUCGGACCUCACGGGUAUGCCAGCGCCGAAGAAGCAGGACAUGUUCGAGGUGGUUGAGAUUGAUGAGAAUGUCGCAGCGUGCUUUCCGAGAGGCACGCGAGUGGUUGAGGCAUGGCUACACGGUGCUAGCUUCUGGACACGAACAGCAAAAGUUCAAGUCCAGUUUCCCGACGGCAGUCCGCACACCUACUUCUUGAAAGUUGCAACGGGAGAUGUCGGCAAGGGAAUGUCUGAAGGCGAGUAUGAGGGAAUCAAGGCCUUGCAUCAGGUUGUUCCGGAGGGGGUCCCGCGACCGGAACCUACAAAUUUGCCGGACGUUCAACAGUUCUGUGCUUUGCUGGCUAAGCUGCAUAGAGAGAGCAUACCGCUAUCGCCCAACGGGAAGUUCGGAUUCCCGACGACGACGUACGAAGGGACCAUGUGGCAGGAUACGACUUGGUGCGAUACCUGGGAAGAGUCAUUUCUACGACACUUCAAAGCGUUCGUGCAGCAAGAACGCGAGGUCCAUGGGCCAGAUGACGAGCUCGAUAUGUUACUUCCGUCUUUCUACCAAAAAGUCAUCCCCAGACUUCUUCGGCCGCUGGAAUCCCACGGUAGGAAUGUCAUGCCGGUGCUAGUUCAUGGCGAUAUCUGGUAUGGAAAUAUCGCUAUGAAGGCUGACACUGGCGAACCACUCAUGUUCGAUCCGUCGGUCUUUUGGGGUCACAAUGAAUACGACCUCGACAACAUGAAAGUGCCUAGGUAUAGAAUGGGUCGCCAUUGGAUGCGUGAGUAUCACAAGCAUUUCCCCAUUUCCGCUCCAGAGCACGACUACGAGGACCGUAUCAACCUCUACGAAAUACGUGGGUGUCUCUGCGCAUCCACUUUAUACCCAGAUACUACGGUUUUCCGCAAACUUGCCAUCUCCGAGAUCCGCAAGCUCGUAGAGAAGUUCUCUGAUGGAUAUCAAGGUCAGUGAAAUGUCAUGAUUGGCAUACAGUAGAUGGUGUUUUGGCAGAUGAGUGGCUAAGUCUAGAUUCCACUAACUACACUUCUCUCUUUGCUCCUUCCAAUAAUACUGUAGUGUGGUUCUGUG